CUACCACUGAGCAGCACAGUGGCAAGGGAAAGAAAAUAGACAUUGUACAUGCUUCGCAAAAACUGGUUCAUUGAGUAAUUACAGUGCUUUCUUGUGGACACGCGCAGUUCCCUUGUCAGAUCAGAAUCUCUAUACAGACUGUAGAUAAAAGUGCCCGACCUGGAUGAUGUACAGCAAGAGAACUGGCGCUACAUGGCUAGUGACACUAUUGUUUGGUACAUCCCGCAUGGAAUCUACGGCGGAGCAACGAGGACGACUCGUACUGCUGCCACAACCUCCAAAGGUGAUGUAUCCACGGCGACGUACGAGAGAGCCGCAGAAGCGCCAGAUCAGCCGAGUGUCUUUGUUGGAUCAUCUUCUUCAGUCAAACCCAAGAAACACGAAGAUACUUUGCAUGUUUCCAAACGAGAUGGGCGCCUGGAACUCUUGGACUCGACCAAGCUGCUGCAACGAUUGACGGAUUUGUCUGAUGGCUUGGACAUGCGCUUUCUGAAUUUGGUCGCCUUGACGGAAUCUAUUGUGCGAGGCAUGUAUCCCAACGUGACAACCCACGAAAUUGACGUCUUAGCUGCGGAAACCGCUGCCAGUCUAGGGACGCAGCAUCCGGACUAUGGCCGCCUGGCGGCUCGAAUUCUCAUUACACAGAAUCACAAAACGACUCCGACGUGUUUUUCCGAGGCCAUCGAAACUUUAUACAACUCCGGUAAAGGCUUUAUCGACCAUAAAGUUGGGGAACUAGUUCGUCGACGCGGUCCCGAGAUUGACUCCCGUAUUGUGCACGAGCGUGAUCUUGAAAUGACUUACUUUGGCUACAAAACGUUGGAACGCGCCUAUUUGCUCAAAAAGGACAACGGCAACCAAGUCUUGGAGCGGCCUCAGUAUCUCAUGAUGCGUGUGGCCUUGGGAAUUCAUUGUACAAGUAAGAUGAGCUCGCGAUCGGAAGACGACUGUCUGGAGGCCGCCUUUGAAACGUACGAUCUCAUGAGCCGGGGCUUUUUUACCCACGCCUCGCCAACACUCUUUCACGCGGGUACCACCCACCCGCAGCUAUCGUCCUGUUUUUUGGUGCAAAUGAGUGAAGACUCCAUUAAUGGCAUCUAUGAUACAUUAAAGCGCUGCGCUGUGAUAUCCAAAGCCGCCGGCGGUAUCGGGUUGUCGGUGCAUAACAUACGCGCCAGAGGAACGCCCAUCCAAGGAACGCGCGGUGUUUCCAACGGUCUAGUCCCCAUGCUCCGGGUAUUUGAUGUGACAAGUCGGUAUGUUGAUCAGGGCGGCGGCAAACGCCCUGGGGCUUUUGCCAUUUAUCUAGAACCAUGGCAUGCCGAUAUCUUUGAUGUUCUAAGUUUGAAAAAGAAUCAUGGAAAAGAGGAACAGCGAGCAAGAGAUUUGUUCUACGGUCUAUGGAUUCCAGAUCUUUUCAUGAAACGAGUCGAAGAAGAUGACGUCUGGAGUCUGAUGUGUCCUCAUCAGUGCCCUGGUCUUGCACAUUGUUAUGGUGCGAAGUUUGAGGCUCUAUAUCAGCACUACGAGCAGGAAGGGAAAUUUGUACGUCAAGUCCGUGCUCGAGAGCUUUGGGGUGCCAUAUUAGAAUCUCAGAUCGAAACUGGCACUCCAUACAUGCUAUACAAAGACACUUGCAACACCAAAAGUAACCAACAAAAUAUUGGAACGAUUCAAUGCAGUAACUUGUGCACUGAGAUUAUUCAAUACUCGGAUCAAGAAGAAACCGCGGUAUGCAACUUGGCAAGUAUUUGCUUGCCGCGAUUUGUUGUUUCCGAGCGCGGUACUUUCGGAUCAAUUAGUCCUGAGUCUGGUUCGGCGUUCUUUGAUCACGAAGCCCUUCACCGGGCAGCAAAGAUUGUGACGCGCAAUUUGAAUUCUAUAAUUGACGUGAACAGCUAUCCAGUAGACGGUGCAAAAACGUCAAACUUUAAACAUCGUCCAAUCGGAAUCGGCGUCUCGGGACUGGCUGAUGCAUUUCUCCGAUUGGGCUUACCGUUUACGUCUGCGGCAGCAAAAAAGCUUAAUGAAGCUAUUUUUGAAACCAUUUAUCAUGCCGCGCUAGAAGCAAGCGCUGAGCUUGCUGAGAAAGAAGGCCCAUACGAAACAUUCGCAGGAAGCCCAGCAAGUCAAGGAAAGCUUCAGUUUAACCUGUGGGGCCUGUCAGAUGACGAAACGCCAAGUCACAAGUACGCUUUGGCAAAGGAAACUCCUGUUCCAAUUCAGAUGUAUCCGAAUAGUAGCAAUGUCUGUGGAUACGAUUGGGAAUCAUUGCGUCGGCGAAUUGUCAAAACUGGGCUGCGAAAUUCGUUAUCUUGGGCGUCAACGAGUGUUUCGAGCCUUUCAGCUCAAACCUUCCGCAACCAAAUGAUGCGCGAUGGCGGUUCCGUGCAAAACAUUCCCGAUAUCCCCGAUCGAUUAAAGGAACUGUACAAGACAGUAUGGGAGAUCAAAAUGAAGGACAUCAUUGAUAUGGGAGCAGAUCGGGGCAAAUUCAUUGACCAAAAUCCGAACAUGGACAAACUUACGGCUAUGCAUUUUUACGCUUGGAAAAAGGGUUUGAAGACUGGAAUGUACUACCUGCGAACAAAACCGGCUGUAAACGCAAUCCAAUACACUGUUGAAAAGAUAAGUCCUACUGUUAUUGUGGGCGGCAUCCCAGAAGCUGAGCCCGAUGACAUCAACUUCAAACUUUUUGGCGGCGGCAUCGAUGCUCCCCAUUUUAUUGACAGUUUUGAUACCCUUGGUACUCAGGCGAAGACGGACCUUGCGAUUCAAAUCUUCCGAAAAGAAUCGCUUCCACUGCAAAUUGACUGCCUGUACCUUCUUGAUGCGUCUGUGGGAAAACGUGACGACGCGAGCUUGACGAUUGGGCUUCUUUCCCAACAAGUCGCAAACCCGCGCUCGCAUUACGAGAGUACUAGCACAAUUCUGACGGUGGAUCUGAAAUCGAAAACAAAGAAAGCCAAAUGA